AAAGUAUACUAACAAAAGUAAAAGCGCAUUUUAGUUGGUAUUUUGGGACCUGGAAUAUGCUUUGGGGCCCCAAAUCACAAAUUUCAAGACGUUGUUUUCAGUGUGUUGCAAUGUUAGACACACAAUUCAAAAUUGAUGGGUUUCAUCAUCCUACUUUUCGUUUAAUUUACGUUUGCAACUUCAUAGUUCGGUCACUAGAUGGUGAAAAAGUCAAGUAAAGUGUGAGGGUCCGUUUUCUGUUCCACAGCAACUCUUGCUCUCGGGACAGACGUAAAUAAGACUCGAGUUUAGGACCCUGAGGCGUGUUUCUUUAACGCUUAAUGUGCAGCAAACCAUCACGCUGAUGUGAAAUCAGUUACUGGGUUUAUUACAGACCUGAUACGGAACUUCGCAGUCAUUUUCGCAGUGAGCAAACAGCGGCAGCAGCAGCAAUGAGAGAACAACAUUUCAAGGAUAAUUUCUGGAACACCGAUAUCACCUCUACGGCUGGAUAUGACACCAUCAUCCAGCACUUGAAUGAUGGCAAGAGGACCUGUAAGGAAAUCGAAGACUUCAUGAAAGCCAGAGCUGCUAUAGAAGAAAAAUAUGCCAAGGAGCUGCUGGGGUUGUCAAAAAAAGUGUGUGGACACAGUGAAAUGAACACGUUGAAACGAUCCCUUGAUGUUUUCAAAUUACAAACCGAAAACAUGAGUUUAUCUCAUCUGCAUUUGGCCCAAACUAUGAGGGAGGAAGCCAAAAAAUUAGAAGACUUCAGAGAGAAACAGAAAGAGGCCCGGAAAAAGGUAGAACAGCAAAUGGAUGCUCUUCAUAAACAGAAAGCCGCUCAAUAUAAGAAAACAGCUGAGGCAAAGAAGAGCUACGAUCAAAAAUGCAGAGACAAAGAGGAAACAGAGCAGAACAUGAACAGAAGUGCCACCACUUGCAGUGCCAAGCAGCAAGAAAAGCUGUACGCCAAAACACAACAGGCCAAGCAGGCGGCAGAGGAAGCCGACCGGAUAUACAGUCAGAAUGUGUCUGUUUUAGGGAAGAUGCGAGAGGAGUGGUUGAAUGAGCAUGUUAAAGCCUGUGAGUUUUUCGAGAAACAGGAAGUGGAGAGGAUUAACACUUUGAGGAAUAUAGUGUGGACUCAUCUCAAUCAUCUCUCCCAGCAGUGUGUCUCCAGUGAUGAGAUCUAUGAGGAAGUGAGGAAGUCUCUGGAGCAGUGUAACAUUCAAGAAGACAUUGAGCAUUUUGUCAACCUCAGGAGGACCGGAGACAAACCACCAGCACCCAUUCCAUAUGAGAACUUCUACAACAAUCAGAGAUCUGGUGUCGUUCGCUCACUUCCACCGCCCAGGAGAGCAGCAGCACCUCCACCGCCAGCUGCAGGAAACGAUCCUCUAUACUCGACUGUAGCAGAGCCAGGGUACAGCAUACUACGAUACUAACCCGAACGUGACUCUUCUUCUAGAGCCUUUCUGCUGCUCAGUAGGAUCACAUCAGGCAUCUGUGAGGUUUUUCAUCAAGCACAUUGGUUAUCUUCUAAUGCUGCUGCCAGCUUCCUAAAAUCAUGGGGUGAGAAUAUAUCGUAGCCUGGUAAAAAUAAGGUGACCUUUUCCACAAAAACAUUUUUAACUUGCUAAAUCGAAAUCCACCCUUAGCAAACUGUUGCGUAGAAGUUGUCACUACAUCGAUCACAUCAUCAAAACAACAUUGUGUAAACCUUUGUAUUUUAAUGACUGUAAAAAAGAUUGACCUAUAUAUAAAUUAAAGGGCACCUAAAAAUCAUCUUUAGUAAGUUGUUUGGACAGAACUGUGUGUAUGUAUAGUGUGUACACAGUUAUACUGGAGUGAUCUAAACACAACAAGUCUCUUUCUUAAAUUUCCUGAUCUUAAAAUAGGAUCCAAAUCCCUCCCAUUUUGAGGUCCCCCACAACGUAACAUGGUUUCCCCACCCACUGAAUUGAUUGACAGCUCGAUAUUAUCAUGUCUCUAUAGUAACGCAUAUAAUCAUAUCAAAAAGACAGGACGUGCGCAAAGCAACUGGGGUUAAAAGAUCUGUUCAGCUUGCUGCGAUCAUCAGUCAUCAUCAAAUGUGAUCAUUAAUGAGUUUUACAAGUUUUAAAAAAAAAUUUAAACAGUGCAUAUUUGCAAUAAAGCCAUUAAAAUCAAUACGUUAUUCAUCACCACAGCCGCAUAACAGUACAAUCAUAAAAGAAGACGCUUCAAUUUAGGAUCGUGGACUUAAAUCAGAUUUAUUUUGUACAUUAACAUAACGGAUAUCUAUACAGCAGUGGAUAUUAACGUGUAUCCUGUCACAUUUGCUGUGCAAAAACAGCACAGCAAAGCUAAACUUGUGUGUGUGUGCGCACGAGCAAUCUUUAUAACAACAUUGUGUGUGACUCAUCAUUGCAGAAAGGCUUGAAUUAACUCCACAACAAAUAUAACAAACAACCGUUAGGAAAUCGUAAGAAUGAUUAGCUUCAUUCUGGUCUCUCACUGUGCUGUUUGUCUAGGUGAAAGCUACAGGUCUGACACGCGCGUGAGAACGGUGGGCGGAGAAAACCAGCUCAUUUGCAUUAAAUGCACAGGCAACAAAAACAGCUAUAAUGUUAAAACAGCUGACAUUUCCCAGAUUUAAAAAGGUAUAAUAAAUAAUCUGAUGGGUAAUUUGAGCUGAAACGUUACACACACGUUCUGGAGACACAAAAGAUUUAUAUUAAAUCUUGAAAAUGGUUCAAAUAGGUGCCCUUUAAGAAAUAGUUAAAGGUGAAGUUAAUGAUUUUAAAGCACUAGUGGCAUCGAAUGGAAUUGCAGUGUUUUUUUGAGCUGCUUGAUUGGGCUUGGCCAAUAGUGUGAGUUUGGGAGUAAGACUACCAUUUUGGCCAACCAAUAAAAAGCAGAUGAUGAGAACUAACAUUAAUUUCAGUUUGGUGGAGCUAGUGUUGUGUAAAUGAAACAUUUCACUUGAAAAAAAAAACUUUAAAGGCUACAAAAAUAAUUUAUUUGUAAUGUAAAAUUCUAGAUACUGUCAGAACAGAGUACCACUGGAAACAUUGCUUCAAUAAAUGUAUAUAUUAUUUCAUCUCAU